UCCGCAGAUUGGCUGGAGCACUAAGAGACCGGGGCUGGAGCCCCGAGGUGGGAGGCGCCAGGAUCACUCCGGGCCCCCGCAGCGGAGCGGAGGCUGCCACCCUCUUGGACGACCCUUGCGGUGGCUGCAGGGAGCAUCACGGCCGGCGCGCACGCGGGGCAUCCGGGCGCGAGCACAGAGACGUCCGGGCCCGCGGGGACAUCGCAGCCAUGCGAGCGGCGGGGGGCGCACGGACAGCCGUACUGGCGCUGCUGCUCGGGGCGCUGCACGUCGUGCGCGGUCAAGAGUACGACUACUACGGCUGGCAGACCGAGCCCCUGCACGGCCGCUCCUACUCCAAGCCGCCACAGUGCCUCGACAUCCCCGCCGACCUGCCGCUCUGCCACACGGUGGGCUACAAGCGCAUGCGGCUACCCAACCUGCUGGAGCACGAGAGCCUGGCCGAGGUGAAGCAGCAGGCGAGCAGCUGGCUGCCGCUGCUGGCCAAGCGCUGCCACUCGGACACGCAGGUCUUCCUUUGCUCGCUCUUCGCGCCGGUCUGUCUGGACCGGCCCAUCUACCCGUGCCGCUCGCUAUGCGAGGCCGUGCGCGCCGGCUGCGCGCCGCUCAUGGAGGCCUACGGCUUUCCCUGGCCCGAGAUGCUGCACUGCCACAAGUUCCCCCUGGACAACGACCUCUGCAUCGCGGUGCAGUUCGGGCACCUGCCUGCCACCGCGCCUCCAGUAACCAAGAUUUGCGCCCAGUGUGAGAUGGAGCACAGUGCUGAUGGCCUCAUGGAACAGAUGUGCUCCAGUGACUUUGUGGUCAAGAUGCGCAUCAAGGAGAUCAAGAUAGAGAACGGGGACCGAAAGUUGAUUGGGGCCCAGAAGAAGAAGAAACUGCUCAAGCCAGGCCCCCUGAAGCGUAAGGACACCAAGAGGCUGGUCCUGCACAUGAAGAAUGGUGCAGGCUGCCCCUGCCCACAGCUGGACAGCUUGACGGGCAGCUUCCUGGUCAUGGGCCGAAAAGUGGAGGGACAGCUGCUGCUCAUGGCUGUCUACCGCUGGGACAAGAAAAAUAAGGAAAUGAAGUUCGCAGUCAAGUUCAGGUUCUCUUACCCCUGCUCCCUCUACUAUCCCUUCUUCUAUGGGGCAGCUGAACCCCACUGAAAGGCCCUCUUCCCUGCCCCAGCCAGCCAGCUGUGCCUUGCCCUUUGUCCCUGCCCACUUGGCCUUGCCCUGACUCCCAGGCUGACCCAGACCAUGGCAAAGAUGGCUUCAAGUGGUUAAUACUGGCGCAGGCCCCAAAGGUUGGGUAUGGGGCCUGAGGCUGCACUCCCCAACUAAGGGGUCCUGGAAUUCUGGGACCUGGGGCUCCCUCUCUCAAAAGGACUUUCACUUCUAGGGGAAGCCCUAGUGUCUGAGAAAGUGGGCAGAGGGAGGAGUCCAUGAGGGAAGGAUGCAGGGCUCACCUAGGGAGAGGAUGUUUCCAGAGUGGAUAGUAGGCCUUGCCUUUGAGAGAGAUCUCAGUGUUUAGAGGACAGUUCUCCUCCCCCACUGCCCCUUUCUGUGUUACCACAGUCCUCCAAAAAACAGGAAUCAAGGCCUCUGUGCCCAACAGCCAUACCCUCUUCCCCUGUCUAGAGCCCUGCUAGACUGGAGUGCAGGCCCAGCAGCCUCUACAGAUGCUCUCACAAAGCCUCACUUCCUGGCCCUUGCCUCAGCUUCCCACUUCCUUUGGUCCUGAUGAUAAUAAAUUAUUGCUACUGCUGUGAGGCCAUCAGUUCUAGAUAAUGGGGUUGGUUCUUAAUUUUUUUUAAGUUUUUAAUUAAAUAAAAGAAAACAAAGGUUGGGUUG